GCUUUUCAGCGGAUCGUCGAGCAGUCAAGCGCUCCCCUUUAGCAGCCCGGGCCGCCGCCGCCGCUCGGGGCUCCAUCUUCCUGAAGGUCUCUAACCCGCCAUGGAGCGUGAGUUUACCCCGCUGGAGCCCCUGCUGCCCGCUGGAAAUUUGAAGUACUGCCUUGUGAUUCUUAAUCAGCCUCUGGACAAGUGUUAUCGUCAUCUUUGGAAAAAAGCUCUUUUUAGAGCCUGUGCUGAUGGAGGUGCCAACCGUUUAUAUGAUAUCACCGAAGGACACAGAGAGAGCUUUUUGCCUGAAUUCAUCAAUGGGGACUUUGAUUCUAUUAGGCCUGAAGUCAGAGAGUACUACACUCUUAAGGGGUGUGAGCUUAUUUCAACUCCUGAUCAGGACCACACUGACUUUACCAAGUGCCUUCAAGUGCUUCAGAAAAAGAUAGAAGAAAAAGGCCUACAGGUUGAUGUAAUCGUGACACUGGGAGGCCUGACUGGGCGUUUUGACCAGAUCAUGGCAUCUGUGAAUACCCUGUACCAAGCCAUUCACAUCGUUCCCAUGCCAACUAUAAUAAUCCAAGAGGAAUCUCUCAUCUACCUUCUCCAACCAGGAAAGCACAAACUGCACGUAGACACUGGAUUGGAAGGAAAUUGGUGUGGCCUGGUUCCUGUUGGACAGCCUUGCAAUCAGGUUACAACGACAGGCCUGAAGUGGAACCUCACAAACAGUGUGCUUGGUUUUGGAACACUGGUCAGUACUUCUAAUACCUACGAUGGCUCUGGCAUUGUGACUGUGGAGACAGACCACCCGCUCCUCUGGACCAUGGCCAUCAAAAUCUAACCUCCAACCUGGUCUUCAUCCUUGUGCCUCUGCCCUGCCUUCCUCGCCAAUGGGUUUUAUUCCUCAACAGGAAUAAUUCACCCGAGUUUGCAGGAAUGGAAAAUCCCUCCUGGGAAGCCUACUAGGUUUAAAGCUGCUGGGAAAUGGGGCUGUAGCUCAGUGGCAGAGCGCUUGCCCAGCAUGCCUCAGGCCUUGGAUUCGAUCCACUCAAUCACAAAAAUAUUAAAUGUGAUGAAAAGAUGUUAGAGUUUAGAUCGUCCAGGUAACACUAGAAGUGACAUCUCCAUUUCACAGAGAGGGAAAAAUUACAUGUUAUGAAAGCAAAUAAGGUCUGUGACAUUCAGUUGGAAAGCCAAUGUAGAUCAUUCCUUUUUAAAGUUCUGUCUUAAUUGUUUUAUGUAAUUAAUCAUAUCUUAGAAAAUUGUUUUGAAUUUCAAAUUAGAAGAAAAAUUACUGAGGCUCCUCUUGGAGUCUAGCACAUCCUUAAAUGCCACGCACACACGCACACACACACACACACACACACGUGUCUUGUUUUAGAUCCCUCUGCAUAAUUUAUAUUACCUUUGACCUAAAAUAGAUAUUCUUCUACAGUGGUAUGUUAGAACUGUACCAUUUCAUUCUGCCUUAUUACUGUCUUUGGCCUGGUCUUUUAAAAAUAAGUCAAGAAUCAUUGAAGUAAUUAUUAUAUUUGAAAGUAGUUCCACAGACUGUGUGAAAGAUAAAUGAUAACUUAUGAUGUCCUACUUUGGGUUAACCCCAAACUCAAAACUAAGUGUGCUACACUUUAGUGGGAGUGAUCCUCAUCUUCACUGUAUCCUAAACCAAAACAGUUAUGCAGAGGAAAUUUAAACAUAAAAAUUGACCUUGGGCUGAAAAAAAUAUUGGUUCAGAGACUACAAGUUUAUUCUGAUAACCAGAAAAUGAGUCUGUCUGUUGGGAUAAAUGAACAUUGCAUGUGGAGUCCAGGCCUAAAGCCUGUGUUCUUCCUGUCUGAAUUCACCUGAGGUCCCUGAACCCCUCUUCUUAGCCGGAAAUGGAAGGAGUUGGACUGAUUAUAUCUGAGGCUCCUUCUCACAUUCAUGUUCUCAAUCCUGACACCUAGUAGUUAUAAGAGAGAUAAUGUGCACUCUUACCAGCUUAGCCUGCUAACAUGACCAAAUGCAUAGAAAUGUAUUUACAUUUAUUUUUUGAGACCCUCCUUCUUUCUCCCUACCCUUUAUGAUUGUACCUAACCAAAUCUUGGCAUAAAAACCAUGAUAUAAGGAGACCCCAGCCAAUGUGUUUUAUGUAAAUACAAGGUCUAUGUCAUUGUACAGAAAGUGACCAACUCUUUGCUUCUUGGUGCUAUAACUGUGUGGGUCAGAUUGUAAAUAGAGAAUGAAAAGGGAUCAGCUAAACUAGCAUGCAAUUCUGAACAGAUAAUCAUUAGAAACAAUUUGUAAUUAUUUCAUGCAAAUAUAUGUGAGAUUGAAAUCCAGAUGACAUAUAAAAAUAUUUACUUAUCAA